AUGCCGCCGCCAUCGCUCCGGCCCCCCGGCCCUCACUUGACCGAGGAAAGCCCGCGCUGCUCACGCCGACCAAUCCCAGUGCGCGAUCGCUCCUGUAUUUGCAUAACCACGCCCUUCUAUUUAGGCCCGCCCACCGCGGGCUGCAGCCGCCUCCGGGCGCUGUUUGCUCCCAGUUCCAUCCCAGUGCUCCCAUGCCGCGCGUGGCGCGGUUGUUUCGGAACGCGCCCGGGGCAGAGCGCGGCUGCUUCUGGGGCUCGGCACUGCCCGGGCCGGGCUGGGAAGGACAGAAAAGCGGGUGGAAGAGGGACAGAGGAGGAAGAGGAGGAGCGGAAGGAAGAGGAGCAGCAGAACCACGUUGGUUUCCCCGCCGCCUUUUCCCGCCGCUCAGGCCGAAGCUCCCCCGGCUCCUGCUGCAUCGCCCCCUCCAGGAGCCGCGGAUCACAGGGAUCUGAGGAGGAAAGACCCACCCUGGGCCUGGGAGGUGGCCGGAGUUUGGAGCUGGGGGUUGAUGAGCAGCUUCAGGAUGGGGAGAAGCCCCACAAGUGCUCAGAAUGUGGGAAGAGCUUUAGUAAGAGAUGCUACCUCGUCAUCCAUUGGAGAAUCCACACAGAGGUGCGGCCAUAUGAGUGUCCUGAGUGUGAGAAGAGCUUCAGGAGGAGCUCCCACCUGACUGUCCACCAGAGGAGCCACACUGGGGAGAAGCCCUACAAGUGUGGAGAGUGUGGGAAGAACUUCAGCAAGCGCUCCAACCUGAACUACCACCAGAGGAUCCACACUGGGGAGAGGCCCUACAAGUGUGAUAAAUGCAGGAAGAGGUUUCAGACCAGUUCUCAUCUCCUCCAGCACCAGCCGAUCCACUCAGAGGAGAGGCCCUUCCGCUGCCCUGACUGCAGGAAGGGCUUCAAGGAUAACUCCACCCUCAUCAGGCACCGCCGCAGCCACACCAGAGAGAGGCCCUAUGAGUGUGAUCAAUGCUCGAAGGCGUUUAAGACCAGCUCCCAUCUCCUGCUGCACCAGCGCAUUCACACAGACGAGAGGCCCUUCCGCUGCCCCGACUGCGGGAAGGGCUUCAGGCGCAACACCCACCUCACCAGCCACCGGCGCAUCCACACCGGGGAGACGCCCUAUGAGUGUCCCGAGUGUGGGAAGAGAUUCCGGCACAGCUCAGCCUUGACCCACCAUCAACGGAGCCACCACUAA